AUGCAAUCUCUCCGAUCUCUUCCGCUCCUUCGGCCUUCGCGCUCCAACUCUACGGACCCGUCAGUCGGGUCCAGGACCGCUAGUCCCGCUCCUCCUUCUACUACCCCGGCCACUGCCAACGGUCUGAGUACGCUCAACCCGGCUUAUGGGCAGGACGAAAAGGCUGCUACCCAGUUGACCGAAAGGAGUAUCAGCGCAGGAGGUCAUCCGAGGAGCAAGAGCUUGCCCCGACCUUUGGCUGGGCUCGCUGGGCUCAGCCUCGUUCCCAGGGAGGCCACCGCUUCGCCUGCGCCGAGUCAAGUACAGGCUGUCAAUGGCAGCGUUCCCGGUCCCAAUGGAAAGUCCAAUACGGGCGUCUCUCCGCCUGGAUCCAGAUCUAUCACGCCCUUGCCUGUUGCCAGCGCUCAUCCUAGCGAGGGCGCCACGAUCGAUGCGAUCGGUCUGAGGUUGAACGAGAUUGUCAACAGGUGCCUCUUGGGUGUCGAUUCGAAGUUGUUGAAGGGUGUCAGAAAGGGCGCCGGGUGGGGUCUGGGAGAGGCUGUCGUCAAGGAACUGCCUUCUCCUUCAUCCGAUGCGUACCUCUUGCGAGCUGUUCUACGAACUUCGGUCAGGUCACUCUCCAUCUACACUUCGCGGCUCGAAUACUUCCUCUUGCCCGGGAUCACCCACGCCGAUUUUCCACUCCCGGUCAACCUGAACGCGACUCCGAUCACGACCCCGUUGUUGAACCAGGUCCAGGCCUAUGUGCUCUCGAUCUGCCACGCCGCCUGGGAGACUUGCGAAGUGCUCGAGGUAGCGCUCGAGACGACGGCUUAUCCCCGCUUCGUCAGCGAGACGUUGCGACCCGUCAUGGACAAGUUGGACUCGGUCGUCGCUCGAGUCGUCAUGCCUUUGAUGGCUUCUAUCAAGAAACAACUCGUCGCUGCGCUCGUUGGCAGCGAUACCCCGAGCCCGCCUACCACGCACAAGUCUUUGCCUGUAGGUGCUGUCACGACUCUGCCGGCCAAGGCGAUCAACCACAUCCCCACCGGUCUCCGCGGAUUCGCGAGCAAGGUCGACCCUGCUCGCAAGGCGUUUGAGAUGAUCUGCAAGGAUUGUAGGGAAGACGGCGAGACUUGGGUGGCCAGUGUCGUCGUCGCCGUCGUAUGGAAAGGUCUCUGCGUCUGUACCGCCAAGUAUAACCCGGACGAAAAGGCGAUCCCUGGCCAUGCUGGCGGUAGGGCUCCUAGUCCAGAGGCUAUCGGACGGGCCCUGGCGAGUCUAACCAAGGAGGGCGUGUCGGGCGCUGGGGGUCACAAGCUUGCGCCUAGCGGAGGCGUGACGGCUGUGGGCAAGAUGGCCAGUUCGAUCUUGCCUUCCCGAGCUGUAUCUCGACCCUCGAGUCCUCCUCGGUCCAAGGGAUCAGACUUUGGCGCGGGGUCAGGAGGUCCUGGCGGCGUAGGAGCCGGAGUCGCAGCGAUCCCUCCUUCCGCCGUCGCACUCGCUUCCCUCGAAGCCCUCGUCGCUCGACUCGUCAUCGGUCUCGUUCAGAAACCCGCGCCUAUCGCUCCUGCGGCCGACGACCCGACGGCCUCUGAACAUUUGGCACGAGAGGCCUUGGCGGAAGCUCUGGAAGCCAUCACUUCGAUGAGGACCGUGAUCGCUGCCAUGGAACGUGGUGCCACGUACAUGUGCGACGUCAACAAACAUCUCAAGGACGACCUUGAGAUGCCCGACGCCAAGGACGAGCUGGUUGUCGAUGCUGUCGAGGACGUGCCUGCCGUCUUGCUCUUCCACCUGUUGGGCAAGCGGAUCAAUACCGCCUUGAGCUCGAGCUCGACUUCGGUUGUGAUUUCUGCUACGAACGGAACGGGACUUGCCCCGACUCGAGGGAGAUCGACCGGUCAACCUAUCGAGCCCAAGUUGUUACGCUCUCCGGCCGCUGUCUGGGGUAUCUCCGAAGAGGAAUACGAGAGGCAGAUCUUGAGCGCGUUCAGCGUGGCGGAAGAACGAGCCCGUCGGGUUGCACUCGCCUACAAGAGCGACCUGGAGAGGUUGAACCGGGAACUUCUGGUCAACGGGCCUGCUACUGGUGAAGAGCCGAACGGGGAAGCCAAGCUCUGGAUCAAGGCGCUCGCUCUUGCUGUACAGGCGCGUACUGGCGUGGCGGUGGCGGUCUCAGGAGCUUGA